AUGCUUGACACGAGACAACAAAUAGUUGUAGACGUCCUCAUCGUUGUCCACCACACGAUAGGCGUUCAUAUUGAUGGCCUCGUGCAUCUCUUUCUUCCUCGAGAACACAUCGUUCAAAAUGCCAAUGAAGGUACCUUGAUGUGUGACCAUGUCCGAGAACUCUGGAUGACGCAUGUUGUGGUCGACCCAUUCCUUGAUCUGCUCUGUGGUGAAUGCUGUCACAUAGAUGGUGCAGGCGCCAGCCCA